AAGGACCCUGGAGAUGGACGAUGUCUUGACAUUGGUGGCUCUGGACUACAGACCAUCCCAGAGAUUGUUCUACGAUCCACAACGACCGUUGAGGAGCUCCUUGCGGGGCAGAAUAAACUCCAAGAAAUCGCCCUGGCUACUCUCGCUGAAUUUCCCAAUUUGAAAAUUCUCCGAUUGCCCGGAAAUGGUUUCACAUCAUUUCCGGCGCCAUUGCUCAACAUCACAGCACUCACGGUACUCGAUGUGUCCGACAAUGAGAUUCAAUCUCUUCCGGACGAGCUGGCCGACUUGGAAAACUUGGUGGAGCUCUGCUUGGAUCGCAAUGAACUGACCGAGCUGCCCAAUUCGCUGAAGCACCUCAAGCGUCUUCAAACCCUCAACGUUGCCCACAAUAAAGUCCACAAGCUACCACCUUUUCUCACCAAUAUGCGCACCUUGGGUCUCGUUGAUGCCUACAGGACGGAGAAGAUCCCCAAUGGGCACUACGGGGAGGAGAAAGGUGCCAAAAAUGAUCUCAAUCCUCCCCUGACAAAGGUCAAUUUGCGCGCAAAUCAACUCAAAGGGAGCAUAAUCCUCGGAAAUUAUGGGUACCUUACCCAAUUGGAUGUGAGUGAGAAUUCAAUUGAAAUUCUGGAUCUCUCAGCACUGGAUAAGCUGGAAUCGCUGCAGUGUUCCCGGAAUAAUCUCACUGAGCUCACUGUGAAUGGUCGUGUGCUCACCUCCCUCAUUGCUGGCAAUAACACCCUGAAGAAGUUGACGGUGUUCCCUCAUCCUGCGGGUCUGCGGCACCUGGACAUCAGUUACAAUGCCUUCGUGCAGCUCCCAGAGUGGCUGCAGGGAUGCCAGAAGCUGCGCACACUGUUUGCCAGCAAUAACUGCCUGAGCAGUCUUCCGGAACAUUUAUUCUCCGGCGAACUCAUCACCCUGCAGGUGGGCUACAAUCGCCUCAAAUCACUGCCUGCGAUGAUGCGCAGAAAGACGCACCUGCGGGAGAUCUUCCUGCAGAGUAAUGCUAUCGUGGACCUGCCGGAGAAUUUCUUCUUCGCCUGCGAAGGUCUCACGGUGCUCAAUGUUGCAAGUAAUCGCUUGAUCAGCCUCCCCAUCAUUGAUGGGUGUCGCAGCCACUUGGAACGCCUCUAUGCGACCAACAAUCAACUCACCGAUAGAGCUCUGGACACGCUGAGUGCCCUCACGCAGCUGCGCAUCUUCCAUGCUGCCUACAACCGGCUGACAACAUUCCCCGAGAGCUGUGUUGCCAAUCUCCCGCAUCUGGAGGAGCUCAUCCUAUCGGGAAAUCGUCUUCAGCACUUACCGGAAAAUCUCGCCAGUUUGACGCAUCUUAAGGUACUCAGGGUUCACUCGAAUCAACUCCAGAGUGUUCCUGUGUUGGCUAAGCUCACGACGCUUCGGGUGCUGGAUUUGGCACACAAUCAGCUGGAUAAAGUUAAUCUUGUGCAACUUGUGCCGCGGAAGCUUCAAUUUCUCGAUCUCUCCUGCAACACUCAGCUUCAGGUUGACCCAAAGCAGCUACAAGCCUGCAAAUCCCAACGACCAAUGAGUCUGGUGGAUGUUUCAGGAAAGAAUCGUGCUAGUCUCCCAUCAGCACCUGCCCCAAAUCACGAAGCAACCGAGUUCGAUCCACCGUGGCGCAUUGGCUUUUCCGAAACAGCAGGAACCUCAUCUAAACUCUUUAUAAGUCAGCUUCGUCUUCCGGGAUUUUGCAGCACAGAAGGUCUCUUUGGGAUGUUUGACGGCGAAGGAAGUAGGAUUGUUCCGAAUUUCCUCAUAAAAUCCAUCCCAAAGCUCCUCCUGGAGGAACGCACCGUCAAGGAGACAGCAGCAGACUACAUGAAGUACACCCUGCUGGCAGCUCAUCGAGAAUUGAAGCAACAGGGACAGAAGUGUGGCAUUUCCGUAACUCUGUGUCACAUCUCACGAACAAAAUCUCCAGAUUCACCGGGAUACUCCCCACAAGCAGGGAAACGCUACGUUCUGAGGGUGGCGAGUGUUGGGGAGUCCACAGCAUUGCUAAUCCGUCGCAAUGGGAAUGUUAAAUUAACCCUUUCGACGCCUAAUCGACAGAUUGGCAAUAGUGCCAACUUCCCGCUUGUUAUCCCAGAUCCGGAGACGUGUGAAGUUGUUUUGGGUGAGCAGGAUGAGUACCUGGUGAUUGCUAAUAAGAAACUUUGGGAGGUUGUUGAUGCAACAGGGAUUGCAGCCAUUAUUCGUUCGGAGGAGAAUGUUAUCUUGGCUGCUAAGAGGCUUCAGGAUAUUGCCCAAAGCUACGGAGCUGAGGAGAAUCUCAGCAUAGUUGUGGUGAAGUUCAACAAUAUCGGUUCGGAAAUGGACAUCGUGAUGCGUGAACUGCGGCAGACAAUCCGUGGGAAGCCAGCUAGCGUAAUGGCGGGCUUCUGUAAGUGUGGCUGUUGCUGUGAAUCCAACAACAGUUGCUGCCAUUCUGGGGAGUUAGGCGGUGGCUUUGUGCGUCAACCCUCAAAUCGCAGCGAUAGAUCAUCACCAAGUGGUCAGAGCGAUCAGACAGCCAGUGAAGUUGCAGGACAGCUCAAUGGCCAGGCAAACGGACAUGUAAAUGGCCAGCCCAAUGGGCAUCUCCAGGCUAAACUUAAGAAUCUCGAAACAGGCUCCGUAACAAGUAGGAGAUCAUCAACAAACUACGCAACGAAUGAACGUCGAAGUCUCCGUGGGGGUGUUGUGCGGGCAGUCAGAGCACGAAUAGAGGAAGAGAGAGAGAAGGAGGAAUCAGACUCAGCCCUGUCUGAGGAGCAAUUCAAAUGCUGGGAGUACAUGCUUGAGCAGAACACUCAGCUUCUCUUUGACAAGGAACUCAAUACAAUUUCACGAGCCUUCACAAAGCGACAACCCUCGUCGAACCUAACGAGGGCACAAGUUAAGGCUCUCUCAUCCAGCUCCCCACAACUUGCAGCACAGACGGAUUUAACGCCAAAAUCUCUGUACUCACAGUACCAUACACCGGUGGGAUCAAAUGUUCCCUUCCUGUCGAAACACUUUGGCAGCGCAAGAUCCUUCCAUCCACAAACAAGCGGCCUUUGGCGGGCAAUGAGGUUUAACUCCGGGAGGCUUCAUCCCAUCACAGGAGGCCCCAAUGCUGCCUACUUUGGGUCACUGCAACGCCUAAUGCCGUACAAUCUUGAGUAUGAUUUUGCCGUAAUGCACGAAAGAGGUGAGGAUGAUUCCUUGGAACCUGAUACAAGGAUGCAGCAGUACUGGGGAGUUGCUACAACAGAACUCUAAUAAGCUAAAUG